AUGGAAGGCGUUAAUCGUUUGGAUGCUUCUGAUAACACGGUUUUUAACGAUGUAGAUUCUGUUACACAGACAUACAAUGGUGAGAAACCUUUAUGCGAUGAAACAUUUACUGAUCAAAGAAAUAUUACGGAAUAUCGCUGUGAUUUUUGCAGUAAAACCUUUCUUUCAGAACAUGAAUUAUUCACACACACAGAAAUACACAAGGUAAAAGUUUUCCGCUGUGAUGUCUGUGGAAAAUCUUUUGUUUCUAACAGUAAGUUAACAAGACACAACUUGGUCCACACGGGAGAAAAAUCUUACUGUUGUGAGAUAUGUGGGAAAUGUUUUGCCUCUAACGGCGAUUUAAACAGACACAGAAGAAUACACAUGGGGGCAAAAUCGUUCCAGUGUGACAUAUGUGAAAGAUCGUUCACGAAAAACUCGAACCUUGUUACCCACAUUCGUAGCCAUACUGGAGAAAAGCCUUUCCGCUGUGAAAUAUGCGAAAAAUCUUUUGUUUCUAACACCAAAUUAAUGACCCACAAAAGGGCGCAUACUGGUGAGAAGUCCUUCCACUGUGUAAUAUGCGGGAAAUCUUUUGUUAAUAACAGUAAUUUAACAAGGCAUAAAAUAAUCCACACUGGAGAGAAGCCUUUCCACUGUGAAAUAUGUGGCAAAUCUUUCAAUUAUAAUUCGAACUUUGUUGUCCACAAAAGAAUACAUACUGGAGAAAAACCCUAUCACUGCAAAGUAUGUGGAAAAGCAUUUAUCGAUAAUAGUUAUUUGAUCAGUCACAAAAGAAUACACAACAGAGAAAAACUGUUUCAUUGCGAUAUAUGUGAAAAGUCUUUUUCUAAUAAUUCGAAUCUUGUCAUCCACAAACGAAGUCACACUGGAGAAAAACCCUAUCACUGUGAGGUAUGUGGGAAGUCUUACAUGAAUAAUUCACACCUUGUCACUCACAUCCGUAGCCACACUGGAGAAAAACCAUACAGCUGCGAGGUCUGUGAGAAAUCCUUUAUCACCAACAGUCACUUAACAAGACACAAACAAAUCCAUACUGAACGGAAGCCUGUUAAUUGCGAAACACCAGAAAUCGUCUUGCAAAUAACAUCGGAUGACAUUGGACUUCAGAUGUAUAGUCACUUUCAACAUUUCAAUGUUAAGGGGAAAUAUUCUACAGAACAGAUAUAA